UUAUUAAAGUUACAACGGUGUUUGGGUUUUUUGGUAGUGAGUAAGCAUGUUUAGAAGGAAAAAGAAACCAAACUAACAAGAUGAGUGAAAGUAAAUCGUACCCGGUUAAAGUUUAUCUUUAUGAUAUUUCAAAAGGGAUGGCGAAAGCCCUGUCCCCCUUCCAUUCUUGGGAGGCAGAUAGAUGGUGUUUGGCACACUGGAGUGGUGGUGUAUGGAAAGGAAUACUAUUUUGGGGGCCUGGGCGGAAUAGAGUCCUGUGAUGUGGGAGGAACAGUUCUUGGUGCACCAGACACUGUGUUGGAUAUGGGAAGCACUGAGAUACCUAAGGAAGUAUUCAUGAACUACCUGGCCGACCUGUCUGCCAGCACGUACCGGCCAGAGAAGUACCACCUUCUCGAACACAACUGUAACAACUUCAGUGCAGAUACUACACAGUUUUUGACGGGCAAGACCAUUCCCUCUUACAUCACUGGUCUACCCAGUGAGUUUCUAAGCACCCCCCUUGGUCAAAUGAUAAAGCCUCUGAUUGACCAGCUGUCCGUCCAGCCAUCCGGCGGUCGCACUCUGUUUCCCGCCAGUUCGGGCCACUCCUCCAAACAGAACAAAAAUGCCAGCUCGUGUUAUUCAGCAUCAUCACCUGAAAACUUCACAUCACACAGUGACCUGGGUCGCUCUGACCUGCGUCACUCCGACCUCAGUGAACCCGUCAGCCAGUCGGGUUUCAGGUCGGAUCCUGUGAAGAAGAAGUGUCCUACUGAUGUAGAACCAGUCAUCUUCAAACCAGAUGGGGACUUUCUUGAACAGUGUAUGAACAAAGAGACCAACCAAACGACAGACGGCGUCUUCCCACCUGGAGACACGGAGCUGUGGCAGGAAAUAACAGAAUAUCUCUCGACAGAAGAGUGCUCCUUUUCCCUCGGAAGGAUUCAUCUUCAGAUUAUUGGUAGAGCGAUAAAUAACCCUGAGAUUUCCGUGGAGAAGAAGCUCUGCAUGUGUCAUCUUCUUCAACUGCUGGUGCUCAGAAACGACUUUCUGCACCUUCUGUCACAUGACACGAGUCACAUGGUCACCAGUCUGCUCACUCACUUUAUGGAGCAGACGUUAUCGUUUAAAAUAGAUCUUAUCAAAAUGCUUGCCAACUGUUACUCUUCUGACUACAGUCGUGCAGUGAUGUCUAAAGUGCAGGACUCUGAUUCUGGUGAGUUCAAGAUGGAGAAGCGGAUCUCUCAGAUUUGUACGUCGUGUCUGCUUGACGAGACGGUGCCCGAUAUGAUGGAGGCUGCAGCAGGUCUGGUGCUCAACAUCAGUCUCGGGAAGGUCAGUUAUGACACUGAACUAGAAAUUGGCAGUGCGCUACUUCACUGCUUACGGCAGCCUCUUCCAACAGAGAAAGCUACUCUCUGUUGCCUGUCUAGUGUGUUACAGUUCACAGAAUGCAAUGCUGAGGUUCGUUCCUUGGCUGGUAUACUGGGGAUUGACUGGUCACAACACACUGGAAUUUCUUCUCGAGCAAAACAAAUCUGUGAUAAACUUUUGACCCAAAUCAACUAGUAAAAUAUUAAGUGGGACAUUCUUAAUAGUAUCAAGAAUUACUGUGUAAUACUUGAAUGGAGAGUAAGAUUUUGAAAACAUUAAUACACAAAGAGUUCGUUUCCAAAUUUUGGAGUUUGCGAUGAAAGGUAUACUGAUAUUAGUAUAUGAUAAUAAAGUUUACGUCAAAACGCAAUCUAUACCCAUUAACUUGGAUGCUAAAACUAUGCUAUGUCAUGUUGCAGCAAAAUCACGCUUCAUCUCAAAAUCACAUAAAUGGAUAUAUUCUUCAAUAUAUUUAUAGUCAUAGUGCUUUAGUAACAAGUGUGUGCAACCUGCUAACCUUUAGUAGAUGAUGUUCAAGCUUAAUCUUUAUUAAUUUAUUCAAACUGUGUGUUAGAACAUUUACUCAAUGUGUCUGACAUUUCCAGACAACGUUCUACGAAGCACGCAAGAAAAAAGAAGAAAGUUCUGUCUUGCAUGGUUGCAGUUUUGCAAGAUAAAGCCAAAGUGUCAUGAGAAAAAUCAUGAAGAAACACGUUUAUCAUGUUAUUACAGGGAUCGAACGCAAUGACAGCACCGACAGGAAUUCCCGUCAUUAAGAUCUAAAUUGUCAUAAGUCGGGUGCAUCUCCAACGACAGUUUUGUGCCGCUAGAUAAAAAUUUAUGCUAUACUAAAACUCCUCGAUAAUGGCAAAAUUUAUACACCUGGUGUACAUUAUCUGCCAGUAUGUAACAUUUUUACUUUUGCUGUCGGUGGGCCAUUUCACCCACAAUUUUUUUUUUUUUUUUACAAAUUCUUAAGUUCUAGCCCCAUUAUUAUUAAAAAAAAGUGGGGAAAACGAAACCUAUCAAAUUGAAAGUGUAUGAUAUUAGUUGUUUAUACUGGGCUGUUCACAGUGUUCAACAAAUAUUCGCUGGAAGGGAGAGGGAGCUAAUAUUAGUUUUUGUUUAACGACAUCACUAGAGUACAUCUGUUAGUAACUAAUAGCAACUACUGGAUGACAAACAUUUGAUAAUUCUAACAUAUAGUCUUAGAGGAAACCUGCUACAUUUUUUCAAUAGUAAUAACAGAUCUUUAUAAAUAGUAUGCACUUUCCAACAGACAGGACAGCACAUAUCACAGCCUUGGGGCACUGUAUGGGAAGAAACAAAUGAAAAAAAGAAUUGAUCCACCAAAGGGGUUCGAUUUUAUAAACAAAGCAUCUCAGCUAAUGCUGUACCAAUGGAGCUAGAAAAAACCCCUGGAGAUGGGGUUAAUGCCAGUGGUAUGCUUUUAAAAAAAAAAAAUCUGUAAGAAUAUCAUUUGCUAAAGGGGCGAGAUGUAGCUCAGUCAGUUGAGUGCUCACUUGAGGUGCUUGUGUUGCAGGUUCGAACCACCUUGAUG